AUGGAAACAAGCUCUCAAAGAGUCAGUCUCCUAUCUUCGUCUACUGUUUACAUGGUGUCAGGUGAUCUUGAGAUGGGGAAUGCUGAAAUUAGAACCAUUGACCAAUUAACAUCCGCUGGGGAGGUUGGUAGUUUCUGGGUACUUGCUACUGUGUGUUCAAUCGAAACUGAACACAAAUGGUGGUAUUUGUCUUGCAAAAGGUGUCCAAAGAAGGUCAAUUGUGUUGGGACAAGAUUUUACUGCGAAAAAUGUGAUCGUUUUGACAAUUCUGGGCAUCCAAGAUUGAAUGUGGUUGUCGGUGAUGGUGGUGGUGGCGCUGCAUCUCUGGCUGUGUGA